AUGUCUGACUUCCAGAAGCCUCCGCCGACGCAGGAAACGCAUGCCUACCCAACUGUGUAUGCGACGCCCGUUCAGACGGUGGUGUACCAAGGCGUGAUGGUCGGCGCGUGGUCGGUCGAUUUCUGGGGUUGCUGCGAUAUCCUGAUCCCGAACUGCUGCAUGGUGACGUUUUGUCCGUGUGUUUCACUAGCCCAGAUCUCUGCGCGCUUGGGUGUUGCCCCGUAUCGGCGCGUACUGGUAAUUUUCCUGCUGCUUACUCUUGCUGAGGUUAUCGCCGGCCUCAAUCCAGUACAGUCAUGGACUAUCACGAUUGUGAGGGCUAUCUUUUUCGCGUACAUUUGGCAUUUACGUCAAACCACUCGCCGGUUGUUUCAAAUUCCAGGAGGCCCAUGCGGUGAUUGCUGGUCAUCAUUCUGCUGCUCCUGUUGCACAAUGGCGCAGAUCGCUACCCAUAUCAAGAGCUACAAACCGGGUGAUUGCAGCUUUGGGCCGCUAGACGUGCUGCCUCCGUACACCGGACAAACCACCUCGUAG